UUAAACUUCCUUGUCCUCAUACAUGUAUGUAAAGAGGCACAAACUCGCACUUAAUAUCAUCGAUUUGAAGCUUUUGCUGUUUAUAAAUACCGAGUUUGUUCCGGGACGAGAAGAGAACUUGACCCACUGUUUCUGAUGUGUAGGAUAUAGAGGAUUAACUUAGACAGAAUCCAAACACUGCCAGGGUCAUUUAAGGACCUGCCUUGUUUUGGAGGUGGAGGAAAGCCGGAGCACCCGGAGAAAAACCACCGACCUACGGUCAGAACCAGUACCCCACGACGGUGGGUUUCGAACCCGCAACCCAGAGGACUGUACAGGCCUACUGUAAUAGUACAAAGGCCGACCUACCCUACAGGCCAGAUUGUGACAUCAUGUAUGAGUGAGCUCCCGUAGCAGUGAUUCGAUUCUGUAUUGAGACACAAGCAGUUAUGACAGUAAUAAAUACCAAUCCUGUUUCUAAGGGCAGAUUUACCAGAGUAGCGCAUGCGCUGUUGGUGUGCACCACACUAGCAAAGGGUGUUGGAGUGACCUACGUGGUAAUAGUCUCCCUGAUGAUAGGACGAGAGGGAGUGUUGGAUCAGGGUCAGAGGAUGGUCUUAAAUCAAUUUUACCUCUAUGGACUUCCACUAGGCGACCUGUCCGAGGGCGUGGCCUACACGCUUUACGUCAUGCUACCACUGAAUACCAUCUUCGGCAUUAUCGGACUUUUGGGUGUUUUAUGUAGAAACAAGCUGCUUAUCCUAAUGUAUACCGGAUCCCUCGUCCUGGCCCUCGUUCUGGACAUCAUAUUACUGACGCUUACCUCUAUAUUGCUCAACGGGCUAAGUUCCUGGGUUCAGGGAAGCUUUGAAAACGCCUUCUCAUAUUAUAGUAGUGCAUGGAUCAACACCGACCUUCAAACUGCUUGGAACGCCAUGUUUAUAAAUCUGGACUGUUGCGGUGUGUCAGGGACGUACAACUAUUGUGCUGGUAUUGGCACUAAGCCCGGCUGCUGGAACAAGUACUAUACCCCUAUGACAGGAUCCGUUUUGUCACUGUUCAUACUUUUGAUUUACAGUAUCGUACUAGAUAUUGUUGGCCUUGUGAUCGCGGAGUUGGCGUACCAACGUCUCGACAGCAAACUAAAAAACAAUUGUUCUUCUAGCAUGUACAGAGAGUUCGGCAAGUUUGUACAAAGAUCAUGGCAAAUGGGCAAAGCCAAAGUCAUAUUUACUGUGAUCACAGUCUUAGACAUGAUGGCUGGUCUAGGCAUGGUCGUUGCCGGAGCAGUAACGCUUCAGAGCGACUUUGUGUCGAACAGUUUUCUCAGUCCCCUUUUCGGAAACCUGCGAUUUUACAACAUUUACCUUCCUGAACUAAUGCUUGGACUGGGUGUUACCAUGAUAAUAGUUGGAGUUUUCAACACUGGAGUGUGUGGUCUUGGACUUAACAUACUCUGUUUUAAAUCAAAAUCAAAGAUUAUAAUCGCCCGAGUCCUUCAGACUGUUAUGACUGUGGUGUUCUUGACAAUGCUUGUUUUCUGGAGUGUAAUGCUGGAAGAGGUCAGGGGCAAGAUGGAGUUCCAACUCUAUAAAGAAUUUCUGGGUUAUGAUAGUCAGUUCGACUAUGGAGAUUAUUUUACCCAGUCAUGGAAGGCACUUUUUGUCACUUUUACAUGUUGUAAGGUUAAAGGGCUGGAUUAUAUGGUUUCCCCAAUAUCCUCCGGUAUACCAGAGCAGUGUUUGUAUGAAAGAACACCGAUCAACUCUAACUUACAUUAUGUCGGAGCCACCAUUACAACUGGUACAAUAAACCAAGAGUUUUGUGAAGAGAAAUUGUCGGACGAGAUAUACAAAUACCAGGUGACUGUAGCUGUACUUUUUGGGAUUGCUAUCUGUUCUAAGAUCUAUGCUAUAGGAUAUCUGUUUUCCAAGGAUAAUCGGACGGAUGAUGACACUCCCCGCGUACCGCUCUCAGUAACUCUCCGUGGAGUGAAAAGAAAGAAGAUGCAGGUGAUGUUGACCGUCGUACUAGUAACAGGAUUAUCUAUAUCCUUGGGUAUCCUGUUGACGGGGACCAUUCUGAGGUUCGAUAACGUGUUCGGCCACAAGGACAUCAAACAUUUAUUCUCCUAUGUGUACUUAAGUGGAAAUAACCUGGACUUCUGGAUGCUUGCCCUGACGUAUUUUAUGAUAACCAUGGGCAGUGUGACUCUUUUACUGUUUGGAUCCGCUUUCGUGUCGGUAGCAUCUGACUUUCCAGCUUUUUACAUAGCGCCUUUGAGCGGCAUAGUUCUAUCUGUGAGCACCAAACUCAUCGCCAUUUGCGUUUGGAUCAACGUGCGAGUAGAGAUUGAUUGGACUCUGGUGCCCGAAAUGAGAUCCGCUCUGCUGAACUAUUACAGGACAGAUAGUUCUGACAAUUAUUUGUAUCACGGAGAUGUGAAUCUGGGAUUCAAUUUUCUGUUUUACGAGGGAGAUUGCUGUGGCGUUGAUUCGAUCUCCGACUUUUACUCUGUCUCCUGGGUAUCUAACUACUUCUAUCCAUCAUACCCAAGAACGUGUCACUUGGAUGCUGAUACCGUGAGAUGGUACACCAACAGAGCGAUGUCGUCGUUCAAAGAUACAGUCUAUACUAAAGGAUGUGCCAAAGAGGUUCUGGAUUCCAUACAUAAUUACGAUAUCGCGGGAUUUGUCCUACUCUCUUUAUCCUUAGUACUAGAGGUGACGACGUUUGUGUUGCUAGAUCGGCGGUAUAAACAGAGAGUAUCACCUGAUCAACUGAGAGGUGCUUUCUCCACUUUCGUCCGUCACGUAACGGGGAACAGUGUGAAUAACAGCAGCUAUAUGCCAGGCCUGACUGCAAAAACAAUAGUGUUCGCAAGUUUGACUGCCUUCUUAAUGUUGGCUGAAAUACUGCUGUGGGUCGGUGUACUGAUACAAACAUUUGCCCCAGGUUAUUUGACAUAUGGUUUGGUGAAAAAACUCACCGAGGCGGAGCAUUGGUUUAACGAUCAACACCCACAUUUAGGCUACCUCCUCUACGGACUUCUGAUCACUAUAUUUGUCACUGAGAUGCUGUUUGUCAUAAUGCACGUUAUCACUAUAUUCGCAAUGAGAACGCAUCGAAAGGGAUUUAUUUAUAUGUCCGUCGUGUUGCUUGCGUUUAUGAUAAUAUGCGAUAUUAUCACCCUCUCUCUUGCGUCAGUAUUGAAUGAUAAGGCUGGCCAUAACUGCGAGGAUACUUUCUAUUGGUUUGGAUUUUGUGAUACACAAGCAAGCUCGGUGUUCCUAAUGACAGGAUUGUUUAUCGGAUUUGAUGUCGUUCAUACAGUUUGUUUGUGUGUGUUGAUCGCCUUAGCCCUACAUCUCAGUAAGAUUGCUUCUCCAGUGACGUUAGUGACUCCAGUAGAUGGGCUUUCUGGACUUGAUACUGUGUCAAUAUCACAACCCGUCCAACGGUCGUCUAUAAGAGAGAACCAUGCUGAUAAUACAAUAGCAAAUUUUUCGUCAGAUCAUUCCGGCCAUACAACCGGCCGCAAGUCUUCUAAAGCACAGUCAAACACUGAACGUGAAACACCUAUUUCCCAACCGCGCACUGGCCGGCGAACAUCUAUUGCCCAGUCUAAUAAAGGCCGUCGAACAUCUAUAGCUCCGCCGACCACAGGACGCAAAACAUCUUUAGCCAGACCGACGAAAGAUCGCCGGUCAUCAGUUACAUCUAAUGCUAGAUCGGUUGAAGACCAGACUACCUUACCUCAUGAAAAUGACAACAUUGAUGACGAUGAUCUCGAAACAACGUAUGCCUGAAGUGAAUAACCCAUUUGUGUUUGAGAAAAGCCUUAAAUUCUAUUCAUUAGAUUACUUUGAUUUAUCCAUUAGCUAAAUCGGACGUGGAAAAGUAUGUGACUCUUGUGUAGACAAUAAAAUUGUGCACCUGGACAUUAUCUUCAGGGUGGGAAAUGUCAAAACUUUAUAGAGACCAACCAACCAAUUGUUUUCCCAUAGACUUUAGUGUUAACGUUUUGGAGUAUCUCAUUCAAAUUCUUGAAUUCAAUAUGACAAGU